AUGUGGUUUUUUGUAAUCUUUGCAUUAGGGUAUUGUUAGGAUUGUCCGAGUGUUUUUUACCUUGGAAAUCUGUAUAAAUAAGCGAAUCUAUUUGUAUAUUCUAGUGGUUACAAAUAAAUCAUAACUUCUGUUUAGAAUGCAAUUGUUUAUCUUUAAGCAGAGUCAGGAACAUUACGAUCGAUUAAGUUAAGUAAGUAAAUAUUAGUAAACAGCUGACGGUUAGAGUGUUACAUAUUUGGAGACAGAGAGCUCAAAUAUAUUUGUGGGCUAGAAUAACGAAUUGCUUGUAUAUAGUUUAGAUGAAGAUAAUCCAGUUAAGGCUUCUUUAAAUUUUGUGGGGAGCGUGCAAUCAACAUAUACAAUGAAUUCUUUGAUAGGUGUUGGAACUAAUCAGAACGAAGUUAUACUCUGGGAUUACCAAAGCAACUCUGUUUUGGGUAAAGCAAAAUGUAUGAUAUUCUAUAUAUUAGAACUUUAGCUUUGGUUUUGUAGAAUAUAUUAAUAAAUUAUCAGAUUCUUGUUGACCAAGCAUAUGAUACUCUAAUUGCAGGCACUAAUGCUGGUGGCUAGACUUACUUAGAAUACUAUACAUAAAAUAUGUAAUUCCUGCUAGAAAGCUUCGCCAUCGAUUAAUUUACUCUGUAUUAAAUUUCAACAAAGACUGUCAGCGAUAAUGAGUUCACCAUCAACUUAUAUACUGUAUUUGCUUAAACUCUGACUAUCAACUUGGUGGAUAAAAAGUCUUCAACAAUUACAUUGACUUCCUAGCAAGUUAAUUUAUAGUUAACUCCUAUAGAGAUGUAUUUGGUCGAAGAUUACAUUAUCUUUUUUUCAAGCACUUGCUAAUAUCAGAAAUAUGACAUCAAAUCAAAUAGUGUUGGAAAUCUGAAUUCUUGGAAUUCGAAUUGUCCAAACAACAUUAAGCAACUUUAAUUUAGUAUUGAAGACCAACUCAUUAUAUUACUAUUGAAUAACCCUUAAGACAGAGAUGAAAUGAUCUAAAUUUAUCAAUUAGAUACUAAUUUAAUUGGCACUUAAAUUAGAUCAUUUUACUAUUUGUAAGAUAGCAUUAGUUAAUCAUUUAUCCUGCAAUCUAAAUACAUUGUUGAAGUUGGCAAAACUAGUAGUGAUAUUUACAUCUAUAAUCAAUGGUACUAGCUACAAUAAAUUAUAACUGUUAACAAUAACAAUAACUAUGCAAUCCAAAUCAUACAAUAGGAUUUGAUCCUAAUACUAUAUUAAAAUGGAUUGGUAGUCACUCUCUCAUAAACAUCUUAGACCUGCUAAUUUACUUAAUAUUAAUGUUACAGUUAUAGCCUCUAAUCGCAAUUCUAAUUUUCAACUGUUGCUACAUACACUACUUAAUUAGUCUCUUAAUUUCAAUAUAAUAAUAUUAUUUAUGUCAUUUAUGCCUUAAACAAUAAUAUAUACUGUUAUAGUUUCUAGAGUGGUGCAUUUAGUUUAACCCCUACAAAUUAGCAGACCUUAACAAGCAAUGUGCUCUAAAUCCUUACAUCAACUAAUUCUAUUUACUUUUUAUUAAGUGAUAACACUCUCUAUUAAUGCUAAUUUAGUGUUGCUACAACUAAUACGAAUCUUCAAUCUUAGUAUUAAUAUACAAUUUCAAAUGUCAACUAUGUAACCUAAAAUUCUUAAGUUCAGAUUGCAACUAAUGGAUAAUAGAUAGUCAUUAUAUAAAUCAGUAAUCAAUAAGUAAAGUAGAUUUCAAGUAUAUUAUUAUAUUUAUUUACAAGAUAUUGGAGUGUCAUUUAAACAAAUUUAGAUUUAUUCAGAUCUUCUCAUACUUUUAGAAUAGAAUUCUUAUAGGCUUUCAUUAUUUUCAAUCUAUAAUUUAUUGGCGGAUGAUAAUACUGCUGCAUUCAUCCUAGAUACCUCUUACUUCAGUGAAUUAUUUGUAUUGAAUCAAAACUUCCUUCUAAUUUAGUUUUAAUAUUGUGUGAUGUCUAUUCAAAUUACAGAUUAUUUUUAGCCUCCCAAUUCUAUAUGCAAUUUUAAUUAAGUCUAUAGCAGUAAUAGUCAGAAUUACAUUAAUACAGAGAUCUCCUUGACUAAUUUUUAUAUUUUGUACCAAACAAUAGAAUAAUUAGAGGGUCUGAGUGGAUUUGUAUAAAUAAAUAAACAGAAUAUAAUAUGGAAUAGAAUCAUUAUUGAUUAAUCAAUAAAUAAGUUAGUAAGUCUAGAAAUAAAAGGAUCCUCUCCUACCUAAUCUAGUUUAAUUAUUGCAUAAGAAAUUAAAAAUUUCUAACAGAUAACCUUACAAGAUCUGACAUUAAUCUUACCAUAAUAGAUACUCACAUUAUCGAAAAUGAUAUCAGCUACUGUGGAUAAUUGUUAGCUUGUAUUUAAUAAUAAUUUCUACUAUUAUUUUCAAUUGAAACAAAUUACGAAUUUUCAGUUAUUUACAAUAUCAAUGAGCAAUUAAGAUAUGGCCAAACCAUUCAUUCAAGCAUCCUCUGUAGAUACUAUUUAACUUAUAGAUAUAGAAAUCACAUAAACUAAAUUAUAAUAGCUUGUCUAAAUUGAUACAGCAACCUUUUUAUAUAUUCAGAAUUUAUAAGUUUAGAACUGUGAAUGCAUCUAAUAACAAUAAUACAAAUAGUUAUUUCAAUAUUUUUCAUUGAAAAUAGAGGCAACCUAAUUCAUAGGAAAUCAAUUGUGCAGUUCGUUAUUUAAUAAUAUAAUCAUUGAUAACAAUGGCUUAUCACAUAUGAUAGUUAUUGAUCUAACUAUUAAAAACAAUAAUAUUUAACAAUAUGGUGGCGCAGCAAUCGUUAAUUAUGUGUAGAGCAGCGUUUUUUAAACGAGUAAUGUGUAUUUAUAAUCUGUAACACUUUAAAACAAUUAGUAUUAAUAAUAAGAUUAGAUAUACGCAUUUCAAUUUUAAAAUGGAGGCACUUUUUAAGGAUAGAAUAUACUAUUUGACAAUAGUUCCAUUCUAAUAUCUUCUUUUAAACAUCUUUAAAUUAAUAAUUUCACCUUUUCAAAUCCCUCCUAACUGAGUAUUAAUAUUGCUGAAAUACCAUAGAUUUCAAUCAGCCUCAUUACUUUCAAUAUUGGAUCGGUUUAUCAGGAUGGGUUUAUUCAAAUAAUAAAUGAAAAGGACUAUGUGUGCACUAAUUUCUAAUGUUAAAUAUAAAUAUCAAAAGUUGUUAUGAAUUAGAUAACCUUAAUUUCGUAGUCAUUGGCAAACACCUGUUAUGGAUUAAAUAUAUAGUUAAGAUCACAAUUCUAUGUCCAAUUGUCCUAAUUAAAUUUCACAAAUUUAAAUUUGCAGGCUGCUGAUUCCAAUUUUAUUGUUUCAUCAACUGCACUGUUCUUUCAAGGAUUUUAAUCUUAAUUAUUGAUUUCAACUUCAAAUUUUCAAUAAAUUCAAUAUAGUUUGAGCACUAGUGUUCUUAUUUUAAGUGCAUAGGUGAUUACUUUGAAUACAAUUACUGUGAAUUAAAUAAACUUUAUAGGUUCAGUUUAUUAUGGAACUUAAAGUGAAAAAGGUGGCUUUGCAUAGAUAUCAUGUGCUUCUUUGUAUGUAUAAUUCAGUAAAUUCUCUUAUAUCAGCUCUUAUAGCGGAUCAUUGUUUAUUAUAUAAAUGUAUCAUGCUGAUGGUAUUGAUCCAUCCCUUUCUUUUGCUGAUAACACUAUUAGUUAUAUUUAUUCAUUUGGAUAUGGAGCCAUUUACAUUGACAAUGCUGUGGAUUUGACAACAAUAUCAUUUAAAUCAAAUUCUUUUUUAGAAAUAUGCUCUUUGAAAGAUGGAGGUUUAUUAUUUGUUUAAAAAGAGCAGUAAAUAAGUUAUCCACAAUUGAAUAUUUCACAACUAAGUAUAAUCAACAUCGAUGAUGUGUUGCCUUAUCAAUUCAAUCGAACAAUUUACUUUUCUUAAAAUACAUUUUCUAACUUAUACUCCAGCAAUGGAUCAAUCAUAAUAGCUUCAUUAUACAACAUUACAUUUAAGGACAAUUACUUUAAUAGUAAUAAUAUCACAGGCACUCCUUAAAAAUUUAAUUCGAUCUAAAUCACUUAAGGAUCUUUGUUUUUUUUGGAGUAUUGUGUGUUGAUAUUACAGAAUUUUACAAUUACUUAGUUUAAAAAUUUUGCAAAUCAAAAGAAUGAAGGAGAAAUAAUUUAUUCCUUUAAAAGUUGGAUCUAAUUGAAUUUCUGCACUUUUUCAGAUAUAAUUGUCAAAAAUUCUAACUUAUUCUACAUAAAUCUAUCAUAUCUAAAGAGUGAUACCUUGAUAUUAUAGAAUAUUGUAUAGAAUUAAAGUUCAACUGAUAAGAGUUUGGUAGAAAUUUAUGACUCAGCAGUUUAUAUGCUGUUUGCUCAAUUUUAACUUUUGCAAUGCCUCAAUUUUAAAUGUAUAUCUUCUGGUUUCUACAUAAAAACCUCAUAUAGCUAUAUGAUUGGUGGAUCAUGCAUUGAUAGUCGAGGUAAUUAUGGAGGUUGCUUUUAUUUAUCAUUGAAGCAAUAAUGGGCCAUUUUUGAUUCAUUAAUAUUUGAUCAUAAUUAUGUAAAUAGUUCAGGAGGUACAAUCUUAGCUGAUUUGCAGAAUGUAUCUUCAAUGACUAUACUAAAUACUCUAUUUUAGAAUAAUAUCGCAGCUGAUUCAGGAGGAUGCGUGUAUAUCAAUUCAUUCAAACAAUCAUUUGAUAUCAAUCAGAUUUAAGAUAACCCAGUAAUUUAUAUUAACCAAUCCUAAUUUAUUAAUAAUGUUGCUCAGAAAUAUGGAGGAGCCUUAAAGACACUUGUAUUUAAUCCGUUAAUUGAUAAACUCACCACUUUUAUUAACAAUUCUGCAUUUAUAGAAGGGGAUAACAUAAGCUCGUAUCCAUCAGCCUUGUUUCUGACGAGUCCUUUAGAUCCAGAAAUGCCAAAUAAUUACGUUUACAAUGAAUCUUUAGAGCCUGUUUAGGGAUAUUAUUUUAUACCCUAUUCGAAUAAUGGUUAAUAUUUUUUAAAAUACUUCAAAAGUGGGGAUACUGUGUAAUACCCCUUAAGAUUUAUUUUGAAGUCAUCAAAUAAUCAGACUAUGUAUGAUGACUAAGCUUAUUUAAAAAUAUAUCCAUCUGGGUCAGAAAAUUACUCGCUAAGCAUAUCAGAUCCAAGUAGAGGCAAUAAUGAAGUGAGAUUCAAAGAUGGAUUCUUCACUCUUUCAAAUCUAACAGCUAUUGGUAUCCCUGAUACUGAAUAUCCAUUCUACAUAAGUACAGAUUAAAUUAAAUCAUUAUCUAAAUACAAGUACUACUAUGUAAGCAAUUAUAAUUACACAUUCUUUGUGGUAUUCAGAAAAUGCUUAUAUGGUGAAAUUUGGCAAAGCUUUGAUAAUUAUACCGUUUGUUAUUAAUGUCCGCAAGGGUUUUACUCUUUUGACUUACCAACACCGUAAGACAAAGGCCAAUGUUAGGUUUGUCCUCUUGUAAGCAAAUACAGGAUCUAGUGUUUUGGUGGAGCAUAAACAAAUUUGGAACCAGUGUAUUGGAGGGAGAAUAUCACUACCCUAUAAAUAUACAAAUGCGAUCCGGAGUUCAGUGAUUGUGUAGGUGGUAUAACGUAGGAUUAAUGUGGGGAUGGAUAUACAGGUAGAAUGUGUUAGGCUUGUGAUUAUCAGAAUAAUUAUGCAAGGGAUUCAAGAUCAAUUUGUAUUUUAUGCUCUUAAGUUGAUUGGCCAAUUGCAAUCAUUUUGUUAAGUAGUAUAGGAAUCUUCCUUUAUUUCACAAUGUCAAUAUUCUUCUUAGCUCAAGAUGUAGUUAUAUUGUGUGUUUUACCAUGUUUAAAUCAAAUGUUGCCACCUUUAAAGAAAAUUGGAUCCAAUUUAGGGUAAGUCAAAGAUUUGAAUUCAUUAUUGAAGAUAUUCCUUGCUUAUUAUUAAAAGAUUUCAUUAGUUAGCAAAAUAGUCGUAGAUAUCCCAUCUUAGGUUUAAGACACUUCAGACUCUUCUAUCUUUGAUUUCUCUUUAGAAUGCCCAAUGAUAAAUGUAAACGAUUAUGUACCUAUGGUCUAUGUCAACUAUAUCAUUGAGGUUUUAAAGCCUAUAUCAUCUAUGGUAAUCUUCAUGUUCAUAUGGUGGAUUCUGUUUAGAAAUCAAAAGAUUAAAAGAGGAAUCUAUUACACUGCCACUUGGUUGAUCAUUUGGUUAUUUUAUUUGCCUAGCUUUUAUGAGAAAACACUUCAAUUAUUGAAUUGCAAAUCCAUUGGAGAUGGGAGAUAUCUCAAACCAGACUUAAAUUAAGAUUGCUAUGGAACUGAACAUUUCUUCUACACUUUGUUUAUUUCUAUACCAUGUUUAUUGUUUUUUGUUGUUUACGUCCCUGCCAUGCUUCUUUAUAAUAUUAGAAAUGAUAUGAGGAAAAAAGACAAAAGACCAUUAAGAAAAUACAAAUAUUAUUACAUCAAUGGAGAAUUCACUGAAAAAUAUUAUUAUUGGGAAUUUGUUAGACUUUUAGAAAAGAUAUUAAUUCAAACUGCCAUCGAAAUAUUCUUUUAUGACACCACCUACAUGGCUGAGUCAUGUCUAAUUAUUGUUUUGAUGUAUGGAAUUGCUUCAUUUGCCACCUAGCCUUAUGGUUAUAAAAGACAAAACUUUGUCAAUGUAAUAUCCAGUUUCACUGCCUUUGGCACUAUUUACAUUGCAUUAGUCAUUGCAACUCUAAAAAAUCAAAAUACCGAUCCAAAUGCCCCAAUUAUCAUCUUCUUUGAAAUUUUGCUUGCUAUUAUCAAUGUCAUAUAUGCUUUGUGGAUGGCUUGGAAAUUGUUUAUUGUACUUCUGCCUGUCUUAUUUGUCAAUAUUGAAUAAAUUCAAAGAGUACUUUAGAUUAUUAUAUUUAGAAAGUUGCUAAUAUUAGAUGUCUUAGGAAAUUGGCCUUAAAUGAAAGGUUAAGGGCCAAGUUGCUAUUUAAACAAAUUGGCUAGAAAAUCAUUGUCAUUAAUUUAAUCAAAAAACAUGCGAUGAUAAGAUAUUUAAAAAAAGAAUAAAAGGAUCAACAACUAAUGCAAAUUGUAAUUUAUAUAUAUAUAAUAUUCAAAGGAAGAGAAAAUUAGAAAUAGAAAGCAAACUGCUGCAUAGGAUGCCUUAAAUUAUAUCCUAAGGAACAAUCAAGAAUUUGAAUUAAAAUUAAAUGGGAAUAAUUAAGAGUAUGAUAACGAUUAUUAAUUACAAUAUGUCGAGUUAGAAGAGCCUGAAAAAUAAAAUCAAUGAUAUUCUAUUUAUUAUAAUAUUCCUUAUUUAUAUU